AUGUUUCCGAUAUUUUCAAUCUCUUCCUCCUCUCAAUACUUUUUUCCAUCCAUGACUUCAACACCAUGUUCAAAACAUUCUGAAAUGAACCUUUCUCAGAUGAAACAAGGAUAUCCUCAAAGGAAGAUUCAUCACUUGAAUCAUCGUCAUAUCUUUAAUAUUCAAUUAUUUCCAUUUGGUUCAACCUUACGAGAUUUAUCUAAACUUCCAUAUUUCAAUUAUGAUUUAUAUUUUCAUUAUGAUUAUCCUAAAUUUAGUAUCAUGAGAAAGAUCAUGUCUUUGAGUUUAAUUGUUGGAUUAGGAACAUUUGCUAAAUUCUUUCUUAAUGUAUUGAAUCAUUCUAAAUUUUAUGGAAAAGAUUUAUUUAGAAAAACCAUUGAAGAACAUUAUGAAAGAGUUCAGAGAGAACGUUCUCUUGCAAUGACGACGACGACGACCAUUAUAACUGAACCAACAAGUCUUUCGACUGAAAUUACAACAACUGAACCAAUGACAACAACUGAACCAACUGAACCAACAGCAAUGAUUACAACAACACCAACUGAACCAACAACACCAACUGAACCAACAACAACAAGCCUUUCAAGAUCCACUUGUAAACCAUUCAUCAUGCACUCCUCCUCUUCGUCUCAAAAAAAAAUUCGUGGUCUCUUAACAGUCGUGAAUCAUAAUAGCAUGUUGGAUGAACCCAUUCUCAUGUCAGGAUUAUGUCCAUUGAGUUGGUUUUUACGUUCUGAUAUCAUUCGAUAUGCUGUCUGUGCUAGUGAUAUGUGUUUUGGACAUUUUCUAUUAGGUGAAUUUUUUAAAACUGUCAAAGUAUUACCCAUCAAGAGACAAGGAGGUUUAGAACAACAUGCAAUGAAAUUAAUUGUUGAUAAAUUAUCGAGUGGAGGUUGGAUUAAUGUAUUUCCAGAAGGUAGAAUUUAUGUGGAUGGUGAAAUACAUACAUGUCGAAGAGGAAUUGGUAAAUUAAUUUAUGAUUGUGAUCCUACACCUCAUAUCUAUCCAAUUUAUCAUCAUGGAUUAUCAGAUGUGUUACCCUAUGAUGGAAUUAUACCUAGAAUUGGAAAGAAAAUUACCAUCAUGUUUCAAGGUGAUGAAAUUGACGUACAAGAUUUGGUGCAGAAGGGUAGACAAGGUGAAAUGACACCAGACCAAGUGUAUGUGGCAAUUUCAAAGCGAGUCGAAGAGGGAAUGAAACAAUUAAAAGAAAAUGCGAAGAAGUGGAGAGAACGUCGAGUAAAUAUUUCAAAAAAUUAUUAUUCAAUUUUACUAACUGCUUGCUCUUUGAAAGAAUUGAGUGUGUUGAAGAACUCCUUAAUACUAUCAACCUCAGACCAAAAGGCAAGAAAAUCAACAGCUGUAAGAUCAUUGAGACAUGAAAUCAAUUGUGUGAAGAAAUGUUACAGCCAAUAUUAA